GUUCUCGCAAGUGCGUGGAAACUCGGACGCGGUCUGCGGCCGCCGGGGUUCCCGCGCACCCCGCCGUGACGAUCGCGGCGGGGGGGUCGCGGGCUGGAGGGGGGCCCCCGCCCCUGCCGAUCGCGGCCCGGGGGGGGCUGCUGCGAGCUGGAGAGCGGGGUUCCCGCGCGGCCGCCGCCACGCGUCGCCCCCGUCCAGCAGCAGCAGCGCGGGCUUCCCGGCCUCCGCCGCGCCCUGCCCCCACCCCCGUGGCUGCUCCCGCGGCGGGCGACCCGCGGGGACCAGGCGCCGCCGGCGGGCGGGGGGAGCGCGUGGGGGCGCCUCGGGCCUUCCGGGCUUGCGCCUGCGGCCGGAGGCGGGAAGCGGCCGCGCGCGCACGGGCACGCGUGAGACGUGGCGCCCCCGGAGGCGGCGGGCGCGCGGCGGGCCGUCCGGUGGAGCCGCGGGGCCUGUGGCGCGGGGGCCGCCGCUCUGCCCAGCCCACCCCGCCGGGGAGCGGCGCACGCGCUGCGACAGGACUGCGGCGGCGCGCGCCGCCCGCCUCGCCCCCCUCGCGGGCUCCCGACCCGCCGCUCCCGAACCCGUCUCCCACAUCGCGCGGGGACCCCGCGGCCGCCAGCUCGGCGCGAUGGAGAGACCGGCGGAUGCGCCCCCGCGCCUCACACUGGCCGGCGCGUGGGUGCGGGGCGGGAUCUGCGGGGAACUUGGAGAGCCCGGGGCGCUGCCCGGAGGCUGGAGGAGGCUGGCGAUCUCUGCCCCGGGCAGGCCUCUUCUGCUGCCCGCCCGAUCGAUGGACCCCACAGCUUAUGCUGAGUUGUUGAAAGAAGCUGGCAACCAGGUUUUUAGGAAUGGGAACUUCUCUUUGGCCAUCAGAAAGUACGAUGAAGCCAUCCAGAUUCUCCUGCAGUUAUACCAAUGGGGGUGUUGCCUUUCAUGGGACCAUCCUGACUCUGACCCUAUGCCUCUCAACUGUUGCCAGCCUUCCUGUUGCUGCCAGACGACUUCGGGUUCUAGGGUUCCCCCUAGGGACUUGGCUGUGCUUCUGUGCAACAAAUCCAAUGCAUUUUACAGCCUUGGGAAAUGGAACGAGGCAUUUAUGGCUGCCAAAGAGUGUCUGCAGUGGGAUCCAACCUACAUUAAGGGAUACUAUCGAGCUGGUUAUUCUUUGCUGCGGUUGCUCCAGCCUUAUGAAGCCGCUCGCAUGUUUUUUGAGGGUCUGCGUCUUUUACAGGGCAGCAGUGACCAGACUCAGGUUGCUGAUCUCCUCGUGGGAAUCUUCACCACUAUGGGCAGUGAUCCUGUUGUUUUGCAAAGUUUCUUGCCCUGCUUUGAUCAUAUUUUCACUACUGGAUUCUCAACAGAAGUAUGGCAGUCUAUCAUAGAAAAACUGGCAAAGAAAGGAUUGUGGCAUUCAUUUCUACUUCUGAUAACAAAAAAAGAUCGACUGCCAAGAAAUAUUCAUGUCCCAGAGUUAUCUCUGAAAAGUCUUUUUGAGAAAUAUGUCUUCAUUGGACUUUAUGAGAAAAUGGAGCAGGUGCCCAAGUUAGUCCAGUGGCUUCUCUCCAUUGGUGCAAGUGUUGAGUCCAUAGGCUCACACCCUCUUCAUGCCCUCAUGAGGCUCUGCAUCCAAGCAAGGGACAACCAUCUUUUCAAGUGGGUAAUGGACCAGAAGCCUGAAUGGAAAGGCCGCAUCAAUCAGAAGGAUGAGGAUGGGUGCACUGUCCUGCAUGUAGUGGCUGCCCAUUACCCAGGAUAUGUCAUCAAGCGACAAACAGAGGAUGUGCAGAUGCUCCUGCGCUUUGGGGCAGACCCCACCUUGUUGGAUGGACAGUCACGGUCCCCUGUGGAUAUCCUGAAGAGGAAUAAGAACUUCAAAGCUAUUGAGAAAAUAAGCAGUCACUUGGAAAAGCUGGCUACGUGUUCUAAGGACCUAGCAGGACUAAGCGGUGAUGGACCUACUAGUGACACAGACAUUUUCCGGAAAACCUCUGAGCAGCUGGUGAAGUACUUGAACUCAGGAAACUGGUUAUUACAUAAAAACUUCCUGAAGCAGGAGUUAGUUCAGAGGUUUUUACGCCUCCUGUCUACCCUGCAAGAAAUUCCUCCUGACUUGGUCUGCGACAUUAAUCGUGAUUGUGCCAAUGCCUUCAUCAAAUAUUUACUGGAAAAGCAGAAGUGGCCUGAAGUGCUUCUGCUGCUGACGCGCAAAGUGAGUGGGGAGCCACCGCUCGGAGACUGCCUCCUCAGAGACUAUAGCUUCUUGGACCUCGACCUGUGCUCUGUCAUCCCCCACCUCAGUGCCUGGGACCACAGGAGGGCCCUGCUGCUGGGCUGCCUAAUCCAAGGCGGAGCCUUGCCUGAGGGCCUCCGGGAGAAGCAGGAGAGGCCCCUCACCAUGUGCCUGAAGCGUGAGGACUUCGAGCUGGCUUUCACCCUCCUGACGAAGGGUGCAGAUCCCCGCAACAUUUCUUUCACGGAAGGCGACACGCCUCUGCAUGCAGCACUCCACAUCUUUUUAGAAGUCAAAGCUGAGAUUGGCUUUAACUUCCUCAACCACCUGUUGAAUCUCUUCUGGUUAAACCCCACGGAAUUUUACUACCUCAGCCCCAACAUCCAGGACAGCAACGGGAACACAUUGAUGCACAUCCUCUUCCAGAAGGGCAAGAUAAAGCACAUGAAGAAGCUGAUAGAACUCCUGGUGAAGUUUGACAUCAACUUCAACCUGAAGAACAAAGAAGGCAAAGACGUACGGCACCGGAUCAAAAAGAAUGACACUUUGCUGUUGGCCUGGAACAAAGCUCUUAUAGAGAACAGGCGGAGGAUCCGGCAGGAAUCUGCAGCCCACGCAGGGAAGUUCUCGAGGCCUUCCGUCCCGAGCCACACACCUCAGCUCAAGUCCCAGGGCUCCUUCAAGCCGGUGCCAUGCAAUGGCACAGCCAUAGCCCAGCUCAAAGAAGCAGCGGCUCCAGAGAGCUGGGAGCCACUCCCAGAAGUCCAGGUGAUGAGGCCAGAGCCUAGAGUCUUAGGACCCCGGUCUCUGAGAGAGCGUCUUGUGCAGGACAUCACAGUUUUGAUUCAGCACAUUGAACUAGAUGGGUCUCUCCCAGAGGACAGUCCUCAGGGUUCCAAGCCCAUGGUGGUAGGAGGUGCAGCAGAAGUAAAGAAAGGCCAACUCCAGCAGACUCUGCGGGCUCGGGGCUCAGACUGCAGUGGGAACAGCCAUAAAGCAGGGGAUGGACAUGCUCAAGCAGGCCUCGAGGCUUUUCAGCUCACUCCUGCCUUCCACAGAGGGAGGGAGCACAGCGAGGACCAGGAGGACUGGGCCGUACAGGAGCUCGAGGUCUGCCUCCAGGACUUCGAUAACAUGACGUGGGAGAUCGAGUGCACUUCGGAAAUGCUCAAGAAGUUGUCCAGCAAGGUCAUGACGAAAGUCAUAAAGAAGAAAAUCAUCCUUGCCAUCCAGCAGCUGGGGAAUGGUGAGUGGACCCAGGGUCUGCAGAAGCGGCUGAAGCACCUGAAAGGCAGCAUUCAGCUCUUUGAAGCCAAGCUAGAUAAAGGAGCCCGGAUGCUGUGGGAGCUGGCCAUUGACUUCUCCCCUCGAUGCAGCGAGAACCCCGAGAAGAUUAUCGCCACAGAGCGGAACUCUAACUCCACCGAGAAAUCCGGGAGGAUCUACACAGAAAUCAUCCGCAUAUGGGACGUCGUCUUGGACCACUGCAAGCUGUCGGACUCCAUCAGGGCCAUCUGCAAUGCCUAUAACAGGGGCAUGUCUUGCGUCCUGCGGAAGAAGCUGAAGGGGAUCAGCAGAGGGCCAGUGUCAGCCAAUGUGAAAAUCCAAAAGCGAAUCCCUCGAUGCUACGUGGAGGAUGUGGAGGCAGAGAGGUGCAGGAGCCGGUCGAACCCCGAGUACUUCCCCCCUGCCAGCGCGGUGGAGACAGAGUAUAACAUCAUGAAGUUCCACAGCUUCAGCACCAACAUGGCCUUCAACAUCCUUAACGACAUGACAGCGACAGUUGAGUAUCCCUUCCGGGUGGGCGAACUGGAGUAUGCGGUCAUCGACCUCAACCCCCGCCCACUGGAGCCCAUUAUCCUCAUUGGCCGGAGUGGCACUGGGAAGACCACCUGCUGCCUGUACAGGCUGUGGAAGAAAUUCCAUGCUUACUGGGAAAAAGCCGAGCAGGCAGGAAGCCCGCUACUGGCCAAACAGAUCUGGCCGAAGAGGAAGAUGGAAGUGGAACCCAGAAAGGAAGAUCCAGAAGCAGAGGAAGGGGAGGAGGAAGAGGAAGAUUUCACAGACAUGGAGGCAUCAAACAGCACGGAUGAGGAGCAGGAGAGUGAAGACUCUGCAGGGGCAGCCAGCAGGGAGUCAGUGCGGCAACACCAAGGCCAGGGUCAAGCAGCAGAGGUCAGCACGCCAGAGCAUCCCCAACAACUGGAGCAUUUACACCAGAUCUUUGUGACCAAGAACCACGUCCUGUGCCAGGAGGUGCAGAGGAAUUUCAUUGAGCUCUCCAAGUCUACCAAGGCCACCGGUCACUACAAGCCCCUGGAACCUAAUGUUCACAAACUCCAGGACCUGAGGGACGAGAACUUCCCUCUGUUUGUCACUUCCAAGCAGCUGCUCCUCCUCCUUGAUGCUUCACUCCCUAGACCCUUUUUCCUGAGAAAUGAAGAUGGUAGUUUGAAAAGAAGUAUCGCAGGCUGGAGCACGCAGGAAGAGUUCAUCAUCCCCACCUGGCAGGAGGACGAAGAGGAGACAGAGACCGAUGGAGAGUGCAGUGAAGACGACAGAGCUGCAGAGCCACGCCUGGGUGACAGUGACCCCCGGGUGUAUGUGACAUUUGAGGUAUUCACCAAUGAAAUAUGGCCCAAAAUGAUCAAAGGGAAAACCUCUUACAACCCUGCACUUAUUUGGAAAGAAAUAAAAUCUUUUCUGAAGGGGUCUUUUGAGGCCCUCAGCAGCCCUGAGGGGAUACUGACUGAAGAGGCAUACAAGAAACUAGGGAGGAAACGGUCCCCCAAUUUCAAAGAAGACCGGAGCAAGAUCUACAAUCUCUUCUGUCUGUAUCAGCAGAUCAGGUCUCAGAAAGGCUAUUUUGAUGAAGAAGACGUUCUGUACAACCUGUCCCAGAGACUUUCGAAGCUUAAGGCGCUCCCAUGGUCCAUCCAUGAGCUUUAUGGCGAUGAGAUUCAGGACUUCACCCAAGCUGAGCUGGCACUGCUGAUGAAGUGUAUCAAUGAUCCCAACGCCAUGUUCCUUACUGGAGACACAGCACAGAGUAUCAUGAAGGGCGUGGCCUUCCGCUUCAGUGAUCUGUGCUCACUGUUCCACUAUGCCAGCAGAAAUACUGUAGACAAGCAGUGUGCUGUUCGGAAACCUAAGAAGAUACACCAUCUGUACCAGAAUUACAGGUCCCACUCGGGAAUCCUCAAUCUGGCAUCUGGAGUGGUAGACUUGCUCCAGUUCUAUUUUCCAGAAUCUUUUGAUCGCCUUCCCAGGGAUUCUGGUCUCUUUGAUGGUCCCAGGCCAACUGUCCUCGAGUCUUGUAGUGUAAGUGACUUGGCAAUUUUGCUCCGAGGGAACAAAAGGAAAACCCAACCGAUCGAAUUUGGGGCCCACCAGGUAAUCCUUGUAGCAAAUGAAACUGCGAAAGAGAAAAUUCCAGAAGAGUUGGGGUUAGCACUUGUGCUGACGGUUUAUGAAGCAAAAGGCUUAGAGUUUGAUGAUGUUCUCCUUUACAACUUUUUCACUGAUUCUGAGGCAUACAAGGAAUGGAAGAUCAUUUCCUCCUUUAUACCGUCAUCAUCGUCCUCUGACUGGAGAGUGAACCGUCCUUUGAUGGAAGUGCCUCUGGAAAAAAGCAGCUCCUCUCAGGGCCGGUCCCUCACAGUGAAUCCAGAAAUGUACAAGCUUCUCAAUGGUGAGCUGAAGCAGUUGUACACGGCCAUCACACGGGCUCGAGUCAACCUCUGGAUCUUUGAUGAAAAUGCAGAGAAGCGGGGUCCUGCUUUCAGAUAUUUCACUAGAAGAAAUUUUGUCCAGGUUGUAAAGACGGAUGAAAAUAAAGACUUUGAUGACAGCAUGUUUGUUAAGACCUCAACCCCUGAGGAGUGGAUUGCUCAAGGGGAAUACUACGCUAAACACCAGUGCUGGAAGGUUGCAGCCAAGUGUUACCAGAAAGGAGGUGCAUUUGAGAAGGAGAAACUGGCGCUAGCCCACAACACUGCCGUGAACAUGAAAUCCAAGAAAGUCAACCCCAAGGAAAAGCAGAUGGAGUAUUUAGAACUGGCUAGGACCUACCUGGAGUGCAAUGAACCGAAGCUGUCCCUGAAGUGUCUGAGCUAUGCCAAAGAGUUCCAGCUCUCUGCCCAGCUGUGUGAGAAGCUGGGGAAGAUAAGAGAUGCCGCCUACUUCUAUAAGCGAAGCCAGUGCUACAAAGAUGCUUUCAGAUGCUUUGAGCAGAUUCAGGAAUUUGAUCAAGCACUCAAAAUGUACUGCCAAGAGGAGCUUUUUGAAGAAGCUGCUAUUGCAGUGGAAAAGUAUGAGGAAAUGCUAAGACACAAGACCCUUCCCAUGUCCAAGCUCUCCUAUUCAGCCAGCCAGUUUUACUUGGAAGCUGCAGCCAAAUACCUAGGUACAAAUAAGAUCAAGGAGAUGAUGGCUGUCCUCUCCAAACUAGACAUAGAAGAUCAGCUGGUGUUCCUCAACUCUCGGAAACGGCUUGUAGAAGCUGCAGACCUGCUGAAACGGGAAGGUCGGAGAGAAGAGGCCGCCUUGAUGAUGAAGCAACAUGGCUGCCUCUUGGAGGCUGCUAAGCUGACUGCCAACAAGGACUUUCAGGCCUCCUGUCUGCUGGAAGCUGCCCGCCUCAAUGUAGCCAGGGAUUCAGAUGUAGAACGUACCAAAGCCAUUCUAAGAGAAGCCCUUGAUCUUUGCUACCAGACCAAUCAAAUGUCUGGCAUUGCAGAGGCACACUUCCUGCUGGGGGUAAUCCUGAGAGACUUUCAUAAGCUCAAGGAUGCCUUCUUCAAGUUUGACACACUCAACCACUCAGCUGGAGUGGUGGAAGCACUCUAUGAAGCAGUUAGCCAGUGUGAGGUUGAGUCUGAGAAGGUCUUGGCCCUGGCUCCAGGGGGCUUGGAAGUCCUCCUCAACCUGGUUAGAGCUCUCAAAAGAGUGACUAACAAUGCUGAGAAGGAAAUGGUCAAGUCCUGCUUUGAGUUUUUUGGGAUUUCUCAGGUAGAUGCCAAGUAUUGCCAGAUAGCUCAGAAUGACCCUGGGCCCAUAUUAAAAAUUAUUUUUGACCUGGAUUUGAACUUGAGAGAGAAGAAAACAAAAGACCAUUUUUUGAUAAUGACUGACCAGGUGAAACUAGCCCUGAACAAACACCUUUUGAACAGACUGUGUCAGAUUACACAAAGCCUGCUUGAGAAGACCUACCCAGGGGUCUGCCUGAAGUUUAUUGUGGGCUUAAAAUGUGAGAAUGAAAACUGUGAAGAUUUCCACAGGCCUUUGCGGCGUUGUGAAGCCAAAUGUUUGGUUCAGUCAAAAAUGCAUCUGGUGGCAAUCAAUGGCUUACUUUUGGAAGCCAAAAAUGUAUUCCCUAAAAUCUUAGCUGAAGAAUGUGAAGAGAUUGAUUAUAUUUUGUCUAACAGUAUGCCUGACCUUUGCAAAUCCUUCCUGAAUGUCCUCUUCCCUAAACAUUUCCAUCAGAGGGUGUUGUCAGAAAAUCCCAUGGCGUGCAAAGAAGUCCUCAAGCCAAAUUACAAGUCAUUUCGACCCUACAGGUUUGCCCUGAAAGAUUACAUCCACUUCCUGUUUCAAAAUGAGAGGGCCCGGAGCCGCAGGGAGUCUACAGACCUGUGGCUGAGCGCCAUGCAGACUUUCCUUCUGUCCUCCAGCUACCCAGAAGAGUUUGAAAAGCUGCUCCACCAGGAGGAAGAAAACUAUAACAGGGAACUCAAAGCUCUAGAGUCUGAGAAGGAGGAUCAGGGCAGGGGAAGAGGUAGCAGGAUAAAAGGAAUAGAAGGGAAGUUUGGCAUGCUGGUGCCCAACCGGGAAGAUGAAAGUGCCGAGAAGACCCAUCUGUGCUUUAUCCGGCUGCUGGAGAAUUGCAUUGACCAAUUCUAUGUGCACAGGAACCCAGAAAACUACAAGAGACUCUUUUUCCGUUUCAUGAAUGUCCUUGUCAAGAGGUGUAAAGAACCACUCAUCCCCAGCAUCGGGAACACAGUGGCCCUGUUGGAGUUCCAGUUUGUCCACUGCAGUGUGGUCUUGACCCGCCUCUGGAAGAACGCCAUCUUGUGCCUCCCCAAGAGCUAUAUCGCUCUCUUGCACUACUGGGAGUUCUUACUCAGCAAGAAGGACAGGGAGUUUGGGGACGUGUUCACCAUCAUUCAGGAAUACAAGCCCAAGGAUGUGACAAAAGCCAUUCAGGAUUUCCGGUUCCACCUCUCCUACCUCGUUAAGGUGCUAUGCGGCUAUGAGAAUGUGAACUUCAACGUCCUGCUUGAUGCCUUCAGUGAAAUAGACUAUGUGGUCUCUGGUGAGGCAGAGCGGACACUGGUGCUGUGCUUGGUGAUGCUGGUGAAUGCUGAGGAGGUUCUGCUGCCAUCCUGUAAGUCUAUUCUGUACCGUCACUUCCAGGAGAUUGAGACAAGGCUGCAGCUGAUGACCAUGGACUGUCCAGACCAGGUUCCAGAGAGGCUCCCAAAAGUGGUGAAGCGGGUGCUGAUGGCGGUCAACGCCAAAGCUGUGGCAGAGGCACUGCAGGACCUGCUCUUUGAGCGUGAUGAGGAGUAUCUGAUGGACUGCCAGUGGCGCUGGGACAGCGUGCACACCAAAGGCUCCAUGGUCCGAGGCCUCUAUCAUGAGGAAGUCAAACUAAACCGCCUGCUUUGUGUGGACCAUGUAGACUAUUUCCCCGAACCAGAGGGCGAGUUUGGUCAAGAAGAGACGGAUGAGCUGGCACUGGAUGACCGAGACCACCUCUUAGCUACCAUCCUUUCCCAGAUGCAGUGGAGGGCUUCCAUCCAGCGGAAGCUGAGAAGAGUGUGCCUGGUGGUAUCCCUGUGCAUUAGCUGGAGGAGAAGGGUGAAUGCCCAGACGGAGUGCUUCAGGGAGAAGACCAGGGAGCCCAGGGCCAGGAACUUCAAAAAGGCUGAUGUGGACAGAACACAGUGUGACCUGUGUGGAGUGAAGUUUACCCGCAGCCCUGAGAGCUAUUUCAGCCCCAGUAAGGCAUUUGAGGGAGUCACCUCAGGGAAUGUGGCCCAUUUUGACACUGGGGCAGAAGGCAAGGAGGGUCAGGAGAGGAAUAGUGAGUCUUAUGAGCAGCACAUCCAACUCGAAGGCCACCAGAGGCAACAAGUGGCCUACCAGAAAUACUUUGAGUUUUUCCGAGAGAAGGUGGAUCCGGCCAUUGAAGAAGGCAAGCUGGUGGUGCAGGAUAUUGAGCAGAGUGUGUGGAUUCACAGUCACCUGGGCUCCAAAGAGCACAGCCACAUGCUGCAGAGGAAGGUCCAGGAAAACGUCAAGAAGGUUCUGGAUAAUGUGGAGGACCUUUACCGGCGGAAGGCCUGGGCUGACGCGGAAGGGGUCAUGACUCGGCUGAUGAACAUUCUGAUUCCGUCAGUCAGGGAUGCUCGGGACUGGCUGAUGAAAACAGAACUCCACUUAAAGGAGGAAGGUUUUGUUCAGGAAGAUGAUUAUGAAAAUGAAGUGGAAGACUUCGGUGAAUUGCGACCCAGAAGGCGUUGGCGGAGAUAUGUAAGGCAGAAAAGAUACUAAGGUCACAGCUGCUGCCUCUUCAACCUUCAGAACAUUCCAUCCUGACUUAGAAUUCUGAGUGCAGAGGCAGAAGAGAAAAAGAAUGUAAACGUGCAUAACAAGUCAGGGAGUCCCUUUGCUUUUUGUUCUUGUUUCUCUGUCAGUGGUGGCUUAGAGUCCGAAUGCUCCUUUACCCGCAGGGACUUCCUAAGAGGCUUGCAUGUAAAAGUCUUGCAAUGCCAGUUCCUCCUAAAUUUUGUCUAGAUUAGAGGGAUCGUAGCUGAAGGGAACUUUGGGACUCCUCACCCAAAUGCCUCCUGGUUCUCUGACUCAUCGCCAUCUUGACAAGAGUCUGUAGCAGGGACACCCUCACCUCAGAGUGGCAGCUACUCUGGGCCAGGAAAUAAAACAUUCCCUCACCUCCUUUAGCACACCGCUGCGGUGUUGAGUAGUACAAGAGCUGUGUCUGUGUGGGCCCUGCCGUCUGCCACUUUAGACCCUAGACCACACUCUGGUCAUCGCUGAGCCUCCUGGUAGUUCCUGCCAUCAUACAUGUUAGCCUUUUCUCUCUGUGGCAGCUUUUCUGCCUGCCUUCCCCCAUUUUUUGGUGACCAUUCCCAGCUGCCUGUGCGAGUCACGGUUAGACUACCUCAGAAUGUAGUCAAGCUUUCCCCUCUAGCAUCCUGUGGAAGGUGAACCUUAGGACAUUCCUCCCCACUCCUACCCCCAACCUUGAAAGAGACUUGGGGGUGGGGUGCUGCUGGGGGAGCCCCAGCCUGCCUUCAAGGUCACCCUAAUUCUACUUUGGCCAUGGUGCAGACAUUCCAAAAAGUGUUUGUAUUAGCUACAUGUCCAGUAAUCUUGCUUCUCCCUCUUAAGUUUGCCAUCCUGGCAUUCUGAUGAGUUUCUCCCCACUGAACUCACCACAGUGGGAUAUUGACCUGCAGAGCUGCAGGUUAGGGACAAGGGGACAGAGGAGGAAGCCAGCCUACCAGUGCCAAGCUAUUGGAACUUGGCUCUGAAUCACUGCCCUGCGGCUGGUAGACCCAUAAGAAAAGGAGGAGUGAUGUGGGCCUGUUUGUAGGAAGCUGUUCCCUACUCAGCCAGCGGCUAUCUGGAUGGUUCCACUUCGGAAGCCUCUGUGCCUCUGUCCUGGUUAUUGCCUACUCAUCGCCUACUCAUCGUCCCCCACCCCUUGGCUCACUCAGCCUGGUGGGAAAGGUCAGGUUCACCGUGACCCUUCAUUGUUCUGCUGUCACAAUAGAACCAGCUGCUGCUUCUGCUGCUCAUCGUCUCCUCUUUAUGGUCUUUCUAAAUGCCUCUGUUUCCUUGAAGUGUUUGUUUUUCAUCUUUUUUGAGUUCUGUUUCUAAUUUUUAUUCCAGGUGUUUUUAUAAAUUUCACUUGCCAAAAGAAAAUACUGAAUCAAACCUUGCUGUAUUAUUACAUUUUUAUAAAGUUAAAUCAGUUCUCUUA